AUGGCAUCGCCUCUCUCAGCUCUCCGUCCAUUCGCCCGCCAAAUACCACGGCUCACAAGUUCCCCAACAAGGCAGCCACAUGCAGCAUCUCGUCGAUAUCUAAACACCGACACCGCGCCAGUCCUGUACUCGGCCCACGCGAAAGUUGUCGGCGCGCGGACUGGCCACGUUGACGGCGAUGAUCUCGCCGUUGAACUGACGAUGGCGAAAGCUCUCGGUGGGCCUGGCGACAAAGGCAAGACGAACCCGGAGGAGCUUUUCGCCGCGGGCUACGGCGCGUGCUUCCAGUCGGCGAUGAAUGCCUCGGCCGCGAGUCUGGGCCUCACCAUGCCAACCGAAAAGGAGGAUUCGAUCGUUGAGACGACCGUCCAUCUCGUUGGGGACAUGAAUGCUCUCGAUCUGGGGAUUCGUGUAGACAUGAAGGUUUCUGUUAGAGGGUUGAGUGAGGAGAAUUUUGAUAGGGUCAUCCAGAAGGCGAAGGAGGUCUGUCCGUAUUCCAGGGCUACGCACGGGAAUGUCACCACGAAUAUUGAGGCUGUGUUGCUGUGA